UUUUUUCUUUCGUUUUCGCUUUGCUCUUGAAAAGGGAUUAUUGUCGAUACAGGGGUUGGUGUUAAUUCUGCCAUUUGGUGAAAAGAAACAGACCAAAAAGCCUUUUAAAACUGUAAUAACCAGACGUAGAACCUCCACUGCUCGCUGAAUCUUUCAAUCCACAACGUUAACCUUGGCUGCUGCAAAAUCUUUACUUUGUUCUUUCUCUCUUUGCUUCGGCAUAGCCUGGGUGACACUCUCAAUUUUGUUCUGAAGUUCCUCUGUUUCCCAGUUCUCUUAGUUUCAAGAAUUCUUGGUCUGAAAAUUAGAAAAUAGAACCCACCAUGUCGUCUGUACAAGUGUCAGCACGAACAGGACGACUUCGACAACGUUACGAAGACAAUUUGCGACUUGUCUCUGGAUGCAUUCCGUAUAGAUGGAGAAAGAAUAAGAACCAUCAGAAGGGAGAUAUGGAGGACAUAAUAGAAGUUCUUAUGGUUUCUUCACCAAAACGCAACGACCUUGUAUUCCCAAAGGGGGGAUGGGAGAACGAUGAGACUGUCAUGGAAGCUGCUUGCCGGGGUUUUGAAGAAGCUGGAGUCAAAGGAAUACUGAGAGAAACUCCCUUGGGCAUGUGGGAGUUCAGAAGCAAAAGCAGCCAGGACUUGUGCACCCUGGAAGGAGGCUGCAGAGGAUACAUGUUUGCCUUAGAGGUGACUGAAGAACUUGAGAUCUGGCCAGAGCAGAAAAAUCGUAAUCGUCAGUGGUUGAACAUAAGGGAUGCAUUCAGACUCUGCCGAUAUGAUUGGAUGUGCAGGGCACUGGAGGAGUUUCUGAGAGUAGUGGCAGAGGACAGAAGUCUUAAGAAGCUAGAUGCGCCAAUUGAUCCUCCUUCAAAUUCAAUAUCAGAUGUCUCAGAAAGCCAAAUUCUGUCACCUAACUGUUACAAAAUACACUCUACUGCUCAACACCUUAGUAUGUCUUCUAAACCCAAUCUCCUGGCACUUACUUCUCAAGGGAUAGCCGUUCGCUUUGGUUUUUGACAUAUUCUGUACCCUUGUGCAGUUGGUUUCUGUAAUAAAUCAACUACUGUGUCCAGUAACUCCUUCCAAUUUGAGGGAGAACAAACUGUAAACUAACGGUUUGGGUACCCUAUUUGGCUAUGGACUUUUGAUGUAGCUUUUUUUUGGCUUUCUUUCAUUGUGAUCAUGUAAAAUAUUGUGGUAGAUUUCUCCAGAGAGAUCAUUCUUCAUAGGCUAGUAAGUUUUCUGCUUCCCCGCCAUUCAAUAUGAAGCCUCUAAAGUAGCAUCAUUUGUGAGAUUCUGGCCUUGUAACGAAUAGCACAGCCAAAAUUCUGUAGUCUUCUAAGGUGAAGCUCCAAUCUCUUCACGCUCAACAGCAGUGAAGAAGUCAUUCUACUUAAUUGUUUUCAAGCCAGUAAUUCCUAUAAAUCUUCUCCAUUUCUGUCUCUAAA